UCUUAAUUUCGCCCCCAGCGCAUCUUAUCAGCGUCAUGCUAAAGGUCGCCGAGCGCAUCACAGCUGGUGAAUGGCAGGGUUUCGUGUUCGGUAUGGACGAGUCGGGGGAGGUUUUAGACGUGAGAUGGGAUUAUGGUGAUCUUGACCGCUCGGUGCCAGGAGGUUGGGAUGGCCUAGACUUGGACUCUAGUGGUAGACGCAACAGCUCCGUCGUCCAUCACCGGACUCCAGAUCCAAAGGCCCGGGCCAGCUUCGCAGCUGCAGACCUGUCCAGGCCGAAUAUAACUGGGAAAAGGACCACCGAGUAUCAGGACCCUUGGGCAACGCCGCCGGAAGAGCCAGAUUUGGACGAGGGAGGAAAUUGGAACCUUAACUGGGGCGUUGAUUAGUGGCGACGGCUCACGAGCAGUGCAUCUAAGGGCAAGGACCCGACGAGCUGUAAUUUGAGGGACGAUAUGAGUAUGGCGAAUAAUCCUGAUUGCUCCACCGGGCACAGGUGGGGUCGAAGGAACAGUGAUACCCUGGAGAGCAGCCCAAGGGGCGUAUUUUCGUACUCGUUGUCGAUGAGGCUGGAUGCGGAUGGGAUGGCCUAUGCCGGAGAUCCAGCCAUGUUUCUGGUCUGAUGGAUGUCGAUGCUGCUACGAUGACAACGUGGCGUGGAGCUGGUCGCCAGAUAUUGUAACCAUCAUAGCUAGCUCGCUACUGAAAUGAGAUGAUCGAGACAUUCAUGAGAGC